AUGGAGAUGACACAAUCUCAUAGAUUUCCUUACCAUUGUUGCAAAUACAAUCAAAAUUUACGGCGGAUCGACCAAGUGUCUCCAAAUUCUAUAUAUCCUCAAGAUCGACAAGAAGACAUCAAUAAAGAAGAGCCAAUAUCACAAUUUAUCUUUCCGAGAACAACUUGCGAAUAUAAAUUUCAUUCCGAUGAUGAGCUGGUCCCAUCCUUUGAUAUUGUAGGCUCUACGAAUCAUUGUUGCAGGAAUAGAUGUUCCAAUGCCGAAACGAGUGACUACAAUGAUUUUAACAUUGAACAAGUCCAAGCAUCAAUAUCGAGAUCUUUCCCAGGAAUGAUCAACAUGCAGACAAAUCUCGAUGAUAGACCCAACUUCGUGGACUUUGAGCUUUUUGAUUCCCAAUGCGAGCAAUGCGAGACACUUCAUGACAUCUGGCCCGAUCCUUACAUCUCGAUUGACAGCUCGCAGCUUCAUCUUAAUCAUUGCCAGAGCUGCAAAAGCUUCGAUACAUCUGAUACACCAAGAAGUUCUGGAAUCAGCUUAUACCACGAAGACUUUUGUUCACCUCCUCCAAACUCUGUUACUAGCUCUUGGAGUAUGAGCAAUGAACCCAUUAUUUCGCUUCCCACGGUUUAUUCAGGAGACUAUCUCGAAGUUUCGAAUUCUGGGUUCGUAGUCGGUGUUGGUGAGUGGACGUGUGGAACGAUGGUCGAGUCGAAUGAUCUAGAAAAUGAAUCGAAGAUUCUUCGAAACUCAGACAGCAAUAUCACCUCUAGAACUAAUAAAGCAAUCGAAGAAACACUAGAUUCUUUCGAGCUUAUUUUCUACGGUGUCGAAUGA